AUUAGCUAAACUAAUUGUUUUUGUUGAUUAGGCCCAGUUGGGUUGAAGAAAAUCUCCAAUCUUUCUUCGCCAAGUCUCCCACACACUUGUAUUCUAAUCUCUCUGUAUGUCGCAGAGACAGAGUAGCAGCAACUUAAUUCUCUCAUGGAGUCUCUUACAUCAAAUCCUUCCUUCGCUUGUUUCUCAAAAACCAUUUCUCAUUACCCUUCUCGUCUCUCCUUCGUAAAGCUAACUUCUAUCCAAAAGUUGGAACCUUCCAACAACACCUUAUCGUUAUUCUGCUGUAAAUCAUCGUCUUCGAAUCCUAAACCAGAUUGCAACCGUCGUAUAAAGUUAAACCCUUUUUGUGUAUUGCGCCCAAUCAUUCGAACAAUAAAGGGUUUGGUUUCUUCUCAAUCCAGGCUAUGGAUGUCUCGUCUUCGAGCUUACAGAGACGACACGGCGGCGUUUUCUGAGGAUUUCGCCGGAGAUUUGAAGCAUAACGGUGGAUUAGGGAUUGCCCUUUUGAGCGUUACUGCUUCCGCUAAGAUAAAGAUUAGCCCUUUCGUUGCGACGCUCUCUGCGAAUCCAACUUUCGUUUCAGCUGUAGUCGCGUGGUUCUUUGCGCAAUCGAGUAAAAUGGUUAUUAAUUUCUUUAUUGAGAGGAAAUGGGAUUUUCGUCUUCUCUAUGCUUCUGGUGGAAUGCCUUCGUCUCACUCGGCUCUAUGUAUGGCUUUGACGACCUCUGUGGCGCUUUGUCAUGGAGUUGCAGAUUCGUUAUUUCCUGUUUGUUUAGGGUUUAGCUUGAUUGUGAUGUAUGAUGCAAUCGGUGUUAGACGCCAUGCCGGUAUGCAAGCUGAGGUUCUGAACUUGAUCAUAAGGGACUUGUUCGAAGGACAUCCCAUCAGUCAAAGAAAGCUAAAGGAAUUGCUCGGUCACACUCCUUCGCAGGUUCUUGCUGGAGCAUUGGUUGGUGUUGUGAUUGCUUGCUUUUGUUGCCAAGGCUAUCUCGUCUCAGCCUAAGAACUCUUUUAUUCAAAGUGUUCUGGUUGGUUUUUGAUCUGGGUAGCCCAAAAACCUGAGUGUUUUAAGUAUCGCUUAGCAUCGAUUUUGGCUAAGAUUCUUGUUGUAGUAUCAUAUGUUUUGUUCAGCAAUAGAGAAAACUCUUGUUUCUUCUUCCUUGUGGGUUUUGUUUUAGAGUUUUUGUAUUCCCUGAAAAUGCAAUGAGAGCUUGUUUUUGUUUAAACCAAUCCUUAUGAUGAUGACAUGUUCAGUGACUUUAA